AUGUAUGAAAAUUUUGAAAAACUUCGAAUGUUCAAAAACUUAAAGAAUAAUUUAAUUAAGCAUGGCAGUUUCAAACUACCUAGGCCCAGAAAUUACAACAUUGAAGAAAAUGAAAUUCAAGAGCUAAAUGUGUUAGAAGAGGUAAUAGAACGUCCAAACACUUCUUUGCGGAUUUUGGAAAACGUUACAACCGUUGGUCAGAAAAAAAAAUUGAAAACUCUGAAAAAACAUAAAUUCAAGCCUUACAAAGCAAGAAGAGUUCAUCAACUUCGCAAUGAUAAUCUUGCUCGUAGACUGAGAUUCAGUGUGUGGUUUACGGAAAACUCUAAGCAAAAUGCUGAUUUUCCAUCAAAUAUUGUAUGGACUGGUGAAGCUAGGAUUCAAAGCUCUGGCAAAUUAAAUAGAUAG